UCUAUGUCCCCAUGUCACUUGAACAAUGAGAGACUAACAUGGCUCUUUCCAUCCAUUGGUACACCAUCCUUUGUUUCGCGCUCAUCGCCGGAGCAUUCGUCGGAGCUUUAUGGGUUAUUUGGGUCUAUGAAUUUCGUCGGAAAAAUGAAGACCGUGAAACAGAGUAUGAGAGCUUGUUUUUGGAUGCCGGGGAUCGGGAUCGGGACGGGGAUGUGAUCGGAGUUAGAUCAGGUGAGUUGUGGCUAAGCUGCUGGACAGGAGUGAAUCCAGCAUGGUUGCUUAUGCUAAGGAUCAUUUUUCCUUUGAUCAUGAUUAGUAUCAUCUUGUGGGACAUGCAGACAUAUGACUGGACCAUUAUGGUGUAUUACACUGAGUGGACAUUCACAUUAGUCAUCAUCUAUUUUGUGAUUGGUGCAUGCAUUUCUGCUCAUGGCUGUUGGAUCUAUUCAAAAUAUCAUCAUCCUGACAAUGAGGAAACCAAUGGAUUUCUGAAUGGGAAUGUUGAAGAACAUAGUUCUGUAACAUUAACUUACAGAACAAAACAAAACAGGAACAUGACCAAACUGCAAAAAUAUCUUGAACAAGAGGACAAAGACCAAAGAGCUGGCUUUUGGGGGUAUGCCAUGCAAGUGAUUUAUCAGACCAGUGCAGGCGCUGUGGUGCUGACAGAUGUUGUCUUCUGGGGCCUUCUGGUACCUCUUUUGUCAGAACAUUUCAAGGUCAACCUGAUAAUGGCGAGCAUGCAUAGUGUUAAUGCUAUAUUUCUUCUCAUUGACACUGCUCUCAAUAGCAUGAGUUUUCCUUGGUUCCGGAUGGCGUAUUUCAUUCUUUGGAGUUGUGCCUAUGUAUCUUUUCAAUGGAUCUUACAUGCCUGUGGUUUUACAUGGUGGCCUUACCCAUUUCUUGAGCUUGACACUCCCUGGGCUCCUCUCUGGUAUUUGUGCAUGGCACUGGUUCACAUUCCUUGUUAUGGCUUCUUUGUCUUGGUUGUAAAGGCGAAAAACUCAUUUCUGUCAAAAUUUUUUCCCAAUGCUUAUAUAAGAUCAGAUUGAUAUACAAACAUACAUUUUUCAGUUUCAGAGAUUGUUACAAACUCAUGAUCCAUUCAAGAAUAAUUGUGUACAAGAAUGAUUGCUUGGGAUUUGUCUCCUGCUUUUUGUC